AUGGUAACACACUUGGCUACCACAAAAGGAAUGUAUUGUUAACAAAUGGCGACAUUAUACAAAACACGGAAAGGAGCGAUACUUUUUAUUAGCUUUUCAAUUCAAUUCGGCUGCUGCGUUUGAUCAGUUAUGAGAAUUCGACGUUGACAGAAGAUGUAUAUCUUUGUGUAAUGAAACCGCGCCUUGAUGUGUUAUUGCACAAUUUCUUUGAUUUAGAUAUCUCAAGUUUCAUGAAAUCGGAAUCAAAAUCAAUAAGAGCAAUUUAACACAAAACACUUUUUUUAUGAAAAAAAUGAAAGAUUUUGUUAUUGGGAAACCAAUCACCACGAGCCCUUAUAGCGAACAAUAUAAAUCCAUUUCCAACGAAACACGACGGCCCUUCGCGAAAUGCUAAGUACACAACACAUCAGUAUAUCGACCUCCCGAACGACACAGGGCCCAGUCUGUCAGGCAGUUCACUGUUGAUUUUACCUAUUGUGAAAUGAAAUGAAAACGAAGCACGUCGGACGUAAGAGCUUUAUUAGCAGACGCGCUGAGCGCGGACUACGUCUUCUUCAACCGGUGCACCUGGCCAAGAUAUAGGCUGCUGUUUUGUGAGCGCACCAAAGAAAAAUAAACACUAAAUAGGCAAGGCAGCGCAGUAGUGUAGCACUUUAUAGAGUUUGCUAAAGCAACAACGCUCAAUUGUAAGGUUGAGAUUAUUACUGGAGCUAAGUGGUUGAUUCUGUUUAUCAAUGUAGAUUGUGUUGCUCAUAGUAUUUUCAAAUAAAUAUGAGCGUCCUGACAACAUCAGGCAGCGGUUCGUCGUUGCCAGGUCCUUACCAUGAUCAAUUUCAAGAGCAGAACGCUGGCCCGACGCCGUACGGUAGAUUAAGAAGACAAAACUCCAGAGGCAGCUUAUCCUUGGCUGAUAAGAUCGGAGGUUUAACGUCUCCCCCAGGAGCAUCUGGGAGCGUGGGAUCCAACGAUACAUCGGGAUCAAAUACAAAUGCACAACGUCAGAGAUCUAGCUCGAUGGUCCCUUUAUCAAGAAAGGCUUCCCAAGUUCAAGUAACCGCGCCACCAACAAGGAGAAGACUGGUGUCCUUGGCAACUACAGGGAACUUAAGCAUUGGAUCUGGAAUGGAUUUGAAACAGUCAGCCAAGCAGUUGCCGAUUCUAUCUGAACACCGAAGAAUGAACAUGCAGGAUGUUCUAAUAUGGCAGAAGUUUACGAGAAAACUAAGACAGAGGGUGGAAGACAGAAAGAGCGGGAAACCAACGUUUUGCUGGCUGGACCGACCGCUAACACGAGAUCUAAGACGCAAUGGUCUGCCUUCAAUAGAGAUGGAACCCACAUAUAAAAUGACCCCAGACGAAAAACCCUCCAUGGUCAAAUGCAAGAAGAUAGUGGACGACUAUCUGCAGAAAAGACUGAAAGGGAUCGAGUAUGACAAUGUACAAGAUGUGUGUCAAUUAUCCAGGUCAAUAUCCGACGAAAUUCGGAACGAGAUAAAAGACCAGGCUUGGAAGAAUAGAUACAAAUGUGUGGUUUACGUGACGCUGGGUCAAAAACUUGACCAGGCAGUCAUGGUGUCCAGUCUCUGCUCAUGGGACCCCAGAAGUGAUUCUUUCGUUUCCUGUAACUUCCAAAAUUCAUCGUUGUUUUGCUCGGUGUCGGUUUUUGCUGUUUAUUUCGAAUAGAGCGAGUGUGUAUAUGUACCUAAUCCAGCGCCAAUCAGUUACCGUUUGUUACUGCUUUGAUAAAAAUUGACCCAUUU